CUCAAUCUUUUCUUUCGAGAAAAAGAACGGUCUCGGAGACUUCUAAGAGAUUAGGUGUUUGGAAGCUUCUUCUUAUCGGCUGGGGAUUAGCACCUUAUCCAUCUUCAUCUCCUAUCAAUUGACUCUACACCAUGAUUCUCAAACCCCUCCUCAACCUGCUCUGCCUAUCCCUACCCUUCCUCCACCAUGUCACCGCCGUAUCCCUUCCGGCCACAACGGGCCCGGACAAAGUCGGCACAUACAACUUCUUCAUAACUGACACAACCAGAAAGGACGUCUUCGCCCCGACCCACGAGCCCCGGAGAAUCAUAAUGACACUAUACUACCCCACUACCUCCGCCAGCACGAACUUCCCGCACCCAGAGUAUAUGUCGCCGGUGGUGGCCGCCCACUACGAAACCACACUGGAGCUACCGAACGGGACCGUCAAGAGCAUUACUCCAAACAGCUACUACGGUGCGCCGCUCAAGUCCCCGAACGUGAAACUCAUCCUCUUCUCCACGGGCUUCGGCUCGAGUCGGUAUGUCUAUGCCACACUCGCCGAAGACCUCGCGAGCCAUGGGUACAUGGUCGCGGCGCUGGAUGCGACGUAUGAUUCGCCCGUCGUGGACUUUCCCGAUGGGAAGAUCGCCGUGGCCGACCCGGAGAACGUCGCGGGGAACGUCACCGCGGAGAAGGUUACCAAGUAUUAUGACGAGAGGGUUAAGGAUGUGCUCUUCACCAUCAAGUCCCUAAGCAUGCCAUCGCUCACCAGCGUAAUUCCGGGCGUUGGGGCGAAGGGGUUGAAGGUUGAGAGGGUGGGCAUGUUUGGGCACUCGUUGGGGGGGGCUGCUGCUGCUGGUGCAAUGGCUGCGGAAGACACUAUUCUCGGAGGGGUGAAUCUCGACGGGAGAUUUUUCGGCAGCGUCAGCACGAAGGGUCUCAAGAAGCCGUUCGUCAUCUUCGGCGCUGAAGGACAUAACCGCACCGUCGAGGAAACGUGGAAGAGUUUCUGGAAUAGCCCCUCCAAGGGGUGGAAGAGGGAGCUGUCGCUCAAGGGCGCGGCACAUGUUACCUUCUCGGACUACGCCCCACUUAUCGAGUUACUCGGGCUGAAGAAGUUGUUCCCGAAGGAAGUCUUAGAGGAGAUCGUCGGAACGAUCGGGGGUCUGAGGGCUAUGACGAUACAGAGGGUUUACCUCAAGGCCUUCUUCGACAAGGUUCUCGCACAUAGUAAAGGGAAGCUGCUUAAUGGGCCUGAUCCGAAUUACCCAGAAGUUUCUUUCAUUUGAGCGACCCGUUUAUACCCGUCAGCUAGGAUUUUGUGAGAGGGAAAAGGAAGAAGUGGGGCAGGAAAAAAAGGAAAGCUGAAGUCACAUUGUAUCGUUCCAAUUAGUACCGUAUUCUACCGGAUGUUGGUUAAACGAAAGGAAAAAUAUCAAUGCUAAUUUCUACUA